CCUGCUUGCUGCUGUUUUCUCCUUACUCAAGGGUAGGAAUGUGUGGGUCAGUGGAGGCCUCAGCCACCCUUAACCACCAAUAUAUCAAGCUGCUCUCAGGCCUGAUAACCCCUAGGAUCUAUGGUCUCAGCUGGGACAGCUGGAGAGCUUCAGAAAACAGUCUGUUUAAAUGUAAGAGCUAUUGGCAAGUAUGCAUUUAUUGGUUCUUUUGGGAAGGACGGGAUCCAGAAGCAUCUCAUGUGUGUCCUGAAAUGAAUCUGAAUUGGUUAGAAUGUGUCUUUUUAAAAUCAGCUAGAUUUUUAAAAUAGUGUGACUCUGUUUUGACGUUUCCCAGGCCUACAAGGAUGGAAACUGAUUACCUGAAGAGGUGUUUUGGAAACUGCCUGGCCCAGGCACUCGCCGAGGUGGCAAAAGUUCGGCCCAGCGACCCCAUAGAGUACCUGGCUCACUGGCUUUAUCAUUACAGGAAAACCGCUAAAGCAAAAGAAGAGGAGAGGCAAGAGAAGAUCCAGGUGAAGGGACAAGAUGAUAAUCACCCCAAAGAAAGAGAAGUAACAGAAAUGCUAAAGCAAGAAGAGUGUUGGAUUCCACAGAGGUGUGAAAAGUAUCCCGAGGUAGGAAGGAGGAGCUCAGCCCUGGGCACACGCAUCCCAGGAUGAACACCAGGACAUCCACAGUCACUGAUUUCUGUAGCUAGUUCCACAGAGAAGACCAUAGUCAUGCAGGAGAAUGCAAAACCCCUUGAGAAGGAGGCCUUGAAGCAGGAAUCCCUGCCAGGUACUUCCAAUAUGAUUCCAGGAAUGCAUCAACAGAUUUCUUCAGAGCCAUCUGGCUAGACUGACUGGAACGUCACAACUCCACAGGAAAUAAAUUACUAGGCUUUUCAGGAUGAAAUUGCCCAAAUGCAUUCUGGCUCCAAGUCUCCUUCUUAGGUUAUCAAAAGAUGGAU